AUGGAGCGACACAUAAUGGAGCUUUUUGCAAAGGCUCAGCAAAACCCUCCUGCUACCAACUCGGUUCGCCUGCGUGAAGGCAGUUCCUUGCGUCUGCCUCGUAUCUGGCGGGAGACUCAGCUUAUGGAUCAGGCAAGAUUGGACACACUCACUUCUCCCUAUCCCAUGCUAAGUUUCUAA